CAACGCAGAAAUUCCAAUCUUCUUCUGUUCCUUGUUUUCCAAGCUCUACUUUAUAAAUCUAUGCUUUUAUCAUAGAGUUCAAGAUUUGAUGGUUUAAUUUAAUGGAGGGGCAUCAUCUCCAUCAUCAUCCUCAUCUCCAUCCUCUUCAUCUCCAUCGUCAAUCACAACAGCAACCACAGCAACAUCAUCACCAGCAGCAGCAGCAACAUAGUAUCGGGGGUGUUUCGGUUAACGUUGAUGUCGGAGACAGGUUUCCUCAAUGGAGUAUUCAAGAAACGAAGGAGUUCUUGAUGAUGAGGGCAGAGCUAGAUCAGGCUUUUAUGGAGACGAAGAGGAACAAGCAAUUAUGGGAAGUUAUUUCCAAUAGGAUGAAGGAAAAGGGUUACUUUCGAAGCCCAGAGCAGUGCAAGUGCAAGUGGAAAAACCUCGCCACCAGGUACAAGGGAUGUGAAACAAUGGAGCCAGAAUCCCUGAGGCAGCACUUCCCAUUUUACAACGAGCUUCAGUUGAUUUUCACAAGUAGGAUGCAGAGAGUGAUGUUGGCAGAAGCCGAAGGAGGUGGCGGAUCGAAGAAGAAGGCGCCGCAUAAUCUCUCGUCAGAUGAAGAGGAAGAAGAAGAUGACAAUAACAACAAAGAAGACAGUGAAGGAGAUCAGAAAGGUACUCCGAGUAGCAGCAGAAAGAAGAAGAAGAAGGGAAAGGGCAGUAGUGGUAAUUACAGUAGCGGCAGCAGUAGUAUUAAUGAUAGCUUGAAGAAUAUGAAGGAGAUAUUGCAGGAGUUUAUGAGGCAACAGAUGCAAAUGGAGGCACAGUGGAUGGAAGCUUAUGAAGCGAGAGAGAAGGAGAGAAGAAUGAAGGAGCUAGAAUGGAGACAAACAAUGGAGGCAUUGGAGAAUGAGAAGAUAAUGAUGGAUCAGAGAUGGAGAGAGAGGGAAGAACAACGAAGGCUUAGAGAAGAAGCUAGGGCUGAGAAAAGAGAUGCUCUUAUCACUGCUCUUCUAAACAAGCUCUCAAGAGAUGACAUGUAGAUGUAGUUGUUUAAUUAAUGUCAAGCACAAAAUCAAAACCAAAGCUGAAACCUUAAAUGUGAUGAGAACUAGGUUCGUUCCAAGAAACUCUUUCUCAACUUCCUCGAAGAUUUCCCGGUUUCCGUCAUCAUUUAUUGUUUUUGUGUUGCUGGCUGACUCUUUGUUUGACGAAAGCAAUGGAAGAAAACGAUGAGGUUUAAUUGCGCUGUUA